CCUUUCGAAGGCGGAGAAGGAACCCAGCCAUAUAGCGGCCGCUCCUGCCCUUCCCCGCCGCGGGGGGAGCUGCAAAAGCCGGAGCUGGAGGCGACGGCGCAGGCUGGAGAAGAGACGCGGAAACGCAGUGCGUUAGCCUGACACCAUGGUGGGUGAAGAAAAUAUCUCCGUAAGGAAUCGCCGAUCAACUUAUGAGACUGCAGAAGAGAAAGAAGACUUGUCAAAGAGGCAUGAAGCAGACUGGUCUUUCCCACAAUCAAGCAAUGGUCGUGUUGACAUUGACCAUUUGGUCACUCGAAAGAUGCAACUUUUGGUGGAGGCUGAGCAAAUGAAGCCAGCUUUCAUGCAGCGAAUCGACAGCCACUUUACAGAAUUCGUGAAUGGCUUGAUUGCAAAGUCCGUGCAGCUUGAGUCUUCGCCCCCUGCCUUCUCAGCCGUGUGCUCGGAGAAAGACGGUGGCUUCAAAAGCAAAGGAUCAAGAGCACCUCCAGAACAUGGGAAAGUUUUUGUUGCUAGAAAGUCUGUCUUGGAUGAGCUAUUUGAAGUGGAACACAUCCGGACCAUAUAUCACAUGUUCAUCGCUCUCCUCAUCUUGUUCAUUCUCAGCACCCUCAUAGUAGACUUUAUUGAUGAAGGAAGGUUGGUGCUGGAGUUUGAUCUCCUGGUCUACGCUUUUGGCAAAUCUUCUGUCGUUGCUUCCACUUGGCUUUACAUGUUCCUGUCCACCCUGACUGUGCCCUAUGGGCUCUUCCUGCUGUGGGCCCAGGGCUACCAUGGUUCCUCCCACAAGACAAUCCGCUCCGCUUUCUUUGGGGGUCUCUUCAUGAUCUUCCAGAUAUUUGGGCUUGGAGUGGGACCAGCUUACAUAGCCGUUGCUUACAAUUUACCACCAGCCUCUGCUUUCAUAGUGAUACUUGAGCAGGUGCGCCUGCUGAUGAAAGGCUACUCUUUCAUUAGGGAAAAUGCUCCUCGAAUACUUUCCUUUACACCACAGAAGACAAACACCGUCCAAGUUCCUAAAGUUUCCCAGUACCUGUAUUUCCUCUUUGCUCCCACCCUUAUUUACAGAGACGCCUAUCCCCGAAAUCCUACAAUAAGAUGGAGCUAUGUAGCUACCAAGUUUGCACAGGUCCUUGGGUCACUCUUCUAUACUUACUAUAUAUUUGUGAGACUCUGUAUACCUACAUUUCGGAACUAUAAGGAGAAUUUAAAUGUACGAGGGCUGGUCCUUUGCAUUUUCAACUCUAUUCUUCCAGGUGUAUUGAUGCUGUUCUUGGUCUUUUUUGCAUACCUUCACUGCUGGCUGAAUGCUUUUGCUGAGAUGCUGCGCUUUGCUGACAGAAUGUUCUACAAGGACUGGUGGAAUUCUACAUCUUAUGCAAAGUAUUACCGAACCUGGAAUGUGGUGGUGCAUGACUGGCUGUAUUACUAUGCAUACAAAGAUUUCCUUUGGUUAUUUGGGAAGAAAUUCAAAGCAGUCGCUAUGCUGUCGGUCUUCACUCUUUCUGCUAUUGUGCACGAAUACGUCUUGGCCGUCUGCUUUGGUUACUUCUAUCCGGUCCUGUUCUGCCUCUUCAUGUGUUUUGGAAUGGUUUUCAACUUCAUUCUCAAUGACCGUCGGAAGGGCCCCAUUUGGAAUGUGUUCAUGUGGAGUACGCUUUUCCUUGGCCAAGGUGUCAUACUUACCCUCUACAGCCUGGAAUGGUAUGCUUAUAAGCACUGCCCUUUGAAAAAUCCCACUUUCCUUGACUAUGUGAAACCGCGUUCCUGGACUUGCCACCUUAAGUUCUGACACCCUUUGGGAUAUCCCUCCGCAUCAAGGCCAGAGUCUUUUAAACAAUGACAACAAGUUGGGCUAAUGUGUUAAAACAACUGCAGACUUUUUAAAGGGAAACUGUCUUUAGUUAUGGCAAAUGAUGGCAUUUUGUCACUCAAGGCAGCUAGGACUGCAGGUGGCUUGGCAGAUGGUCCUCUUUCCUUCGGCAGCUCCAACCUGAGCCAUUUCCAUGCUGGUCAUGAAACCUACUAAAAGGUUGGUGAAGGAAUUUCCGGUGAAGUUUUUUGCCUAUUGCAAACAGUACUUUUAUGUGUUACUACUUUUCUCUCUUAACUGUCUGAAAUUGGCAGUAUUGUGAUUGGGGUUAGGCUUGCCUGUCUGACCAUAACCGUCCUUCCGAAUUGCCUUUUGAAACAGGACACUUGCUCAGUAUUUGUAUGCAUUCUUUUGCUUGCUGCUACAGCACAAUAUGUGAUGGAGCCAGUGGCCCACAAACACUGACUUUGCUUUUUAUUUACUGUCACCAGCAAGCCUCCUUUCCUCCCCAAUCCCAAGUAUAGGCAGAUGCUUUGAGGGAGAUGCAGGGCUAUUUGCAUUGGGGUGUGGAAAAGGUAAGGAGAGUGGGAGAGAGAUUUGGGGUUUCUUACCUUUCCCAAACCACGGCCAGAGCGAGGAGGGCUUGAAUCUGGAGAUGUGUGUUACUGGACACCAGUCUUGUUGGAGGGCCAAGUUCACUUGCCACUUGUAUGUGACUUUGUGGAUACCUGGUUGGAGAAGCAGUAAGAUGUUUUACACCCUUUUCCGUGGAAGUAGCCUUAAUGUAAGCAUAUGAGUUUUGAUUCAUCCACAACCUUUAAUUUGCUACAACAAAUAGUUGUUGAAAUGUAAAUUGGCCUAGGAUAUACGGAAUCUGUUAACUUCUGCUUUGAAGGAUAAUAUUACUGAUUCUUAUGUGUCACGAAAGGUACGUCAUAACUUUUUGCCUUGUUUUCAAGCUUUAUUUCCUCCCUCCCCCCCCCCUUUGAAUAAAUUUUCACUGGCUGAAGUGUACCAUUUAGGUGUAGGAUCUUCCUUUGGAUACUUAGCCUCUUAAUAAUAUGAGCAGUGAAGGUUAGUCUUUUCCUUACCAGGGUCACUUCGCCCUUUGGCUUCUGAUCCAGUAAAACAGGCAGCAUUAAAUAAAGUACCACAAUUAAGGUGCGACUUAAAUAGCAGACAUGUUGCACUGUGAGUAACUUGCAUUCUCUCUGCCAAGGAUGGCUAUUUGCUGCUUUCUUGUUGGCAGCACCAAAAUGCACACAGUGGCCCAUGGUCCAGAAGCCUUGGUGCACACGUGGGACUGUUUUCUAUACCAAAACUGGGUGCUGUCUGCUACUAAGGGCUGCAUCAUUCCCAUUUUAACCAGAACCAGUGUCUUCAGGGGUUCCUGCUCUCUAGCUAAGGACACAAGCGGACCUGAGGCUGUUCAUGCAAUUAGUUCUUUUGAAAAUAAAUAGCAUCUGUCGAGCCCCAGUGUGGAUUGGAAUUGAGGCAUAGGGCUGAGGAGCUUUAACAAUAGGCUCCCAGUUUUGAUCAGGGGGAUCCCCACAGUGCUAUGUGGAUUAAAUUUUUAUAAGCAGCAAAAUGCUGCCUUUUGCUACAUGUCCAGUUUUAAGUUUUUUGCAUUCCUCACCGAGGAUUACUGCAGCGAUUUGGAGGGCAAAUGCAGUUUGUGUUGAAGAACCUAGAGAGUGUGUUGGCUUGCAAUGAUCAUGCUGCUCCACUUAAAACGCUGGUUUACUUUGUGAGACAGCCUUGGGUGGGUGGUGUGCUUAGAGCUACAAAAGGAGGGACUGUGUCAUUGUGAAAAACAAUACCCCUAUAUUGCUGACUGCUCACUGUGUAGUCUAUAAUCUGGAGCUUCUCUCUCAGCCGCCCUAAAGUGCAUUUCUGACGUGUUCUAAGAGUGCCGGGGGGGGGGGGCUAUGUACUAGCGUAGGCACAUAGGGGAAAUGCAAGUUUUUUGUGUUCUUGAGCUGCUGUCCUUUGUAUUGUCCUAAAUUUGGUGCCCUAGUAAAUUCUAGGUCCUGGCGGCUUUUCUCGUGUCAUCUAACUGCAGCAAAAAAUAAAAAGAAACUUAAUUCUGAUUUAUACUGCAGAAAACAGCUUACGUGAUAAGUGUGCUAAUUUUAAUCAGUACUUUGAUAUGACCCAAGUGUAUUGCCAUUUAGCUAAGCCAUGUGUUCCAGGUUUAUUUGACUAAGGUGGGUGUGUCAUUGAUUAUUUUUGUGGAUUUUGGGGGAAGUGCCACCUGGAUUGAAUAUUAUGAACAGUAGUUUCAAGAUGCCAAACGCCAAGUACAGUAUUUAAUCUAGUUCAAAACUUUAAAAAUUCACUGAAACAGUAUCCACUUUUGGAGAAAGAUGAGGAAAUAUGAGCAUCUGAAUUUGGAUCAACACCCUGUGUAAGCUCUGAAGGAGUCUGAUAAAUACCUUUAACAAACACACUGUUUUUAGAGGCUACUCACUUGCAGGUUCUAGAUAGAGGUGUGAGGGAGAUUUCUGUUCCUAGAACAUUACAAACUAUAUGUGCAGAUUGUAGUAUUGCUAAAUCAGUUUUAACAUGGUAGACUUAUCCAUUCCAAAAAGCUUUUUGCUUUUGUUUUUAAAUUGUCUAUGAUGGCACUGUAAUUGUCAUUAUAAGAUGGCCGGGAUCCACCCAAAGAAUUUUCAUCACAUUGUGUCCUUUUCUGCUGCUUGUUUAAAGAGAAACCCCCCAAACCUCCAUCUUCAGAAUAUAAUUUGAGAAUUUUAUCAAAUACAUCCUGUUGUCUUUGGGAAAUACGUGUACUUUUUUCUAAGGGGGACGUGUGGGAAGAUCAGUAUACUAAUUGUAAUCAACCUCAUGCUUUGGGACUGAAUCUGUGAAUGUAAACUGAAUGGGCACAACAUGGUUGCAGAUCUCUUGCGAAUUAUCUACACAACUGAUUGUAACCUUUGUACCUCUGCGACAAGACAUCCUGUUAACCUGGAAGGUGCUGGAUUGCAAGGCUGUAGUUUUCCUCUUUCUCAGAGUGAGCAGUGGAAAAAUUUUCUUGCACAGAUGGUGGUGAGAAGAGGACAAACUGUACCUGACACUGGAAUAGUCUUCCCAAGCCUCACUUGCAUCUUUUGUAAUAUGGAGAACAUUAUGGGUCAGGGAAGGCUGUUGAUGGUGGGAUAUAGAAUUGUUAACCGAGUCCAAAAUGUAUCGAACUGUCUGUUGUGACCUAUUCUGUUACUUGCAAGGGAUUAUGUGAUCUAUACUGUACUACAGAAAUUGAAAUAUAUUUUGCUAUCCAUGAAA